UGAUUCGACGUUCGUGCCGAGUCAGUUCAGUGCUUCGUGACUGAAUCGGUUCGUUGGAACCGAUUCGAUACUGCUCGCCCCAGCCUGCGAGUCUGAUGACGUCGGUGCGACGCCGACGCAGUUCCUAUGACGAACCACGAUUUUUAAAAAAUAUUGCCCUUCUCAGCAAUGGCGGCUUCGUUCGUGUCUCCUCUGGAGGAAGAGAGUAGAUGGUAUUUUACCCGCGAACAGAUCGAAAACAGCCCGUCCCGACGGGCAGGACUCGACCCCGACAAAGAGCUGUCUUACCGGCAGCAGGCGGCCAACUUCAUCCAGGACAUGGGGCAGCGGCUCAACCUGUCCCAACUGUCAAUCAACACUGGCAUCGUCUACAUGCAUCGUUUCUACAUGGUCCAGUCCUUCACACUCUUUCAUCGUAAUGUGAUCGCUCCAGCUGCACUCUUUUUAGCAUCCAAGGUGGAGGAACAGCCUCGUAAGUUGGAACAUGUAAUCAGGGUGGCCCAUGCAUGUUUAAAUCCUCAGGACCCUACUCUGGACAGUAGGAGUGACACGUACGUGCAACAAUCCCAAGACCUGGUCGCUCUUGAGAGCAUAAUACUCCAGACCCUCGCCUUUGAUAUCACCAUUGACCAUCCUCACAGUCAUGUAGUCAAGUGCACUCAGCUUGUGCGAGGGGUGAAGUUAUUCCCAGCUCUGAAAUCUGACUUCCGAGCGAGCAAGGACUUGGCCCAGACGUCGUACUUUAUGGCGACCAACAGUCUUCACUUGACAACAUUCUGCCUACAGUACAGUCCAACAGUUGUUGCUUGUGUGUGCAUUCAUUUGGCAUGUAAAUGGUCCAAUUGGGAAAUCCCUGUGUCCACUGAUGGCAAGCACUGGUGGGAGUAUGUUGACUCAAAAGUCACGCUCGAGCUUCUGGAUGAGCUCACACAUGAGUUUCUCCAGAUCUUGGAAAAGACCCCUAACAGAUUAAAACGCAUCAGAAACUGGAAAGCAGGAGGCCAGACAGACAAAAAGCCCCAGGUCCAGGAGGGCAGCGACAAGGCCGAGACCAUGAUGAACAUGAUUUCUAUGGCGUCGUCUGGAAGCACGUUGGCCGGCUUAAUGAGCCUCACUGCUCCUCCCUCGGACUCCUCCUCUUCCAGAGACGAGCAGGGCGCCACCUGGCAGCCUGCAGGUAAAGAUCUGCAGCAGCAAAGCAACCACGAACUACAGCCGACCGCCAGGGUCUCCCUGAGCCUGAGCGAAUACCGCGCCAAGCACGCCGACGAGCUGGCGGCGCAGAAAAAGAAACUGGAGCACAUGGAGGCCAGCGUGAAGCGAGAGUAUGCCACAGCAGCCCAAGCCCUGUUGAGCCAGCAGCGGAAGGAGAAGCACCAUCACCACCAGCAGCAGCAGCAGCAGCAGCAUUCCAGCUCCCACCACUCAAGCUCCAGCUCAUCAGACCCAAAUAAUCCAUCGCCUAUCGUUCUAAAGAUCCCCCUCGACGAGCGGCAAGGUCACAGCUCAUUAAAGAUGCGCCUACACCCCAGCAGUGGCCAAUCGCAGGGCCACAGCAGCCGAGGGUCUGGGCAGGACAUUAAAGUGCGCAUUCGUGUUCCAGACAGGCGAGGAGGAGGAGGAUCUUCAGAAGAAGGUAAGAGCAAAGAAAAACACAGGGAGCGGUCCAAUCACCAUCAGCACCACCACCAUCACCACCACCAUUCUUCUAGUAGCGGCUCCAUCUCCUCGUCAUCCUCCUCGGCACAUAAACACUCUAGUUCUGGGAGCGGGUCUGGAAGUAGCAAAAAAGCCCAGUCGAGUGACUCCAUGCGAACGAGCUCGUCUUCUUCCUCGUCCUCCUCCUCGUCCAGAAAGCGACCGCACGCCUCAGAACCGUCAGCAAGUUCCCACCCUUCUAAAAUCAGCAAAUCCUCCAGAAACUCGUAUCACCUGCCUCCCCUGAACAUGCCUCUAGCUCACAGUGCGGACAUGCUGCCCGCUCUCGGACUCGCGCACCAUCAGGAGAGCUACUCGCACUCCAAAGGCGACAAGGCCGACACCAACGGCCACAGCGUCGCCGGCGGGAACCAGUCCAACGAGUACCAGGACACGUUCGACAUGCUAAACUCGCUGUUGAGCGCACAGGGGGUGCAGCCCACCCAGCCACCCAUGUUUGACUACCACUCCCAGUACGGGGAGUACAGAUACGGGGGCGGCACCCAGCUUCCGCCCCUCCCGUCCGACCCCCCUCCACAGCUGCCGCCGCUGCCUAAAUGAAUCCCACGCCACCAUGUCUCCUCCCUCCGGCCCAGCCAACCAAGCGCACAGUCCUAGGCUGAGCUUCCUUAGUUCCGUCCCUUUCUCUCCGUCUUUUAUUUACAGGAGCAUUUUUCUCCGGGAAUUUUUUAUACUUAUACAGCAAAGUAAUGUAUCACUAAACUGACCUAUCCAUGCAACUGCUGUUGCUACCUUGGGUAAGCGUUACAGAAUGCUCGCAAACUUCACAAAUCUCUCAAUAUUUACAAUCAUUUACUUAUAAAACUUAUAAAUUCAAUUUUCAAUUUUAAAAAUUCUAAACUGAAUUGAUCUGAGCCAAGCAAAGGAUGAUGUUCUAUUAAAUCUGCUCAAUGCAUUUUCCCAGGCUUCAUUAGAUUUAGCUUUUAGAUUUUUUACUCAGUAUUGCAGUAUUGUGUUUUUAAAGACCGUUAAAGAAUGGUAUAGUGUAUAGAACUGGAUAUUUUUAUGAAUUAAUAUUGCAGUUCCUCUUGCUCUGGUUUUAAAACAGGAAUGAGAAACUUUUUCUACUCUUGUUUUUUUUAAAUGGCAUGAUCUGUUAGUCGUAAAUGUGAUUCCUGUUAAAAAAGAAAACAGCAAUUUUUAAAUUUUAAAUAAUAUGAAAUACUUUUAAAACCAUUUUUACUGUACAUUACUGUACUUUUUUAGUUUUAAAGUUAAACCAUGGUGGUCUAGUGUCUUUGUAAGUUAUAAAUGUGUUUUCGGCAGAUAUGUAAAUGUGUCAUCAGCCCAGAAUGUCCAAAUCAGUUCAUCCCUAAUUUUAAUGCUAUGAAAUGUUACUUUGACCUUGCAAGUAAUCCAAAUUACUAACCCAAGGGUUAGUGUCCUAGACAGGGAUUAAGUUUGUAGAUUAUAUUUUAUUUUUAAUGGAAAAUCUCCAUUUAAAUCACUUACCUAACUUUUUUAUUAUUAUUAUUAUUUAUCAAAUAAGACUACAGACCACAUGCAUCGCUCCUAAACCACUACAGUUCCCACAAUACCAUGCAAAUCCAGCAGCUUACUGCUUACAGUGGUAUGUGUGCUUAUAAAAUUAAGACAUUUACUCAAAUUGUGUGUACCAUGUAUACUCAACUUUUAUUAUUAUUUACUAUUAUUUUAGAGUCAUAGGCAUCAGCAUAUAUAUGGCCAACUUUUCAAACCGAUACUUGCAGAUAUUUUCAUUAUUUUAUUGGUACCACUUUAAAAUAAGACUACCUUUUAUAAAGGGUUUAUAAAUACUGUACAAUUAGUUUAUUAAUAGUUACUAAUUAAGUUGUUAAUGCCUUAAAAAUCAUUAAUAAUUAGUUAUAUAUUCUUUACUGUUGCCCUUUCUACGUAUGUGUUAUAACUGAUUAUUGAUGGUUUUUAAGGCAUUUACAACCUAAUUAGUAACCAUUAAUAAACUAAUUGUACAGCAUUUAUAAACCCUUUAUAAAGGUAGUCUUAUUUUAAAGUGGUACUAAUUAAUUUUAUUGAAGGAGAUUUUUGCUAAAAUCUGUAACGCUUACCGAACCGAGCAACACUAUCUGUGAAACAACGCAACUGUGUACUUUUAGUUUUAUUUUUUUACAUUUUUUAUUUUUUUUAAGCUUGUCUACCCCACCUGUUCUUUUUUUUAUUUGCCUACAUCCCUCCUUUUCUUAUUUUUUUGGUUUUUAUUCCCUCCCUGAAACCAGUCUGUGUGGCAAUAAAGGUUAUGAUUUAAAAUAUAGCAAAAAAAAAUGCAAAAGUGUUAUUUAUUUAAAAAAAAUGUACAUACUAUUUUUGAUGUCACUCAAUUUUAUAUAAAUAAAUGUGUAAAUAUACACUAUGUCUUGAAAAAAGUGAAUAAUGGAAUUUGUGUAACUGACUGCUGGGGGACCUGUGGUUUGCUUUUUUAAGCCAUCGUCCUCUUUUGAGAGUAACUAUUGAUUGAAAUGAAAAAGAAAUGUGCUUUUGUUUUAAGAAAUGGAUUUUAAGACUCACUAACAGCAUUAGUGUCCCUUUUCUAAACUAUAUUUAUUAAUAAAUAGCCUUUUGGGGCACAGUAGAGGUCAUUUGCUUUGGAUGUAAUCUGGAUUUAUUUUUUUAAAUAUUGUUUUAUUUGGUUUGCAUCUCGUCCUUUUUUUAAUGAUUGUUAAAAAAGGAAUGAAAAUUCUACACCAUAUCUUUAAAAAAACAAAAAUCCUCUGUUCCCUUAAAAAGUAUGAUUUAUUAGUUAGUCACUGGUUAUUUUAUUUUAUUUUAUUUUUCCCCCUAAAAAUAGUUAGCUUUGUGUUAAUUAUGUAAAUGUUAAAGAAAAACUAUUUUCUAUUUUUACAGGGGUUCUUUUGGUGUUUUUUUUUUUUUUUUAGAAAAUGUUGCAACUAGAAGAACUUGUAUUUUUUUUUUUUUUUUUUUUUUUGGAGUUGUAGACACUCAUGGGAAACAGUCAUUGUUUUAAAUGGUUGUGAAAUCAUGCUGAAUAUAUUAUUAUGUGUACAUUUCAUUCAAAUACACAAUCUUAAAGCUUACUUUUACUGGUUUUGUAACGUCACUCAUGACACAGCAUUAUGUUUUCGCUGCAUUUUGUGCACAGGAUCUGAUUUUUUUUUUUUUUUUCACAGCAGGAGUUAAAAAAAAACAAACACUUCAUUGCAAGAGAGACCAUAAUAAGCCAUUGUGAAGCUUUAUGUUAAGUAUGUAAACUUCAUUCGUACGUAUUUGUACGUUUUCAUACGGAUAACCUGCUCGACUGUCUACUACCAAAGUUGUGCUAUUUGUUUGCGUUUUACAGCAGCUGGUGUAGAUCAUGCUACGAAAUGCCAGGCUUUGCUCACACAUCUGAUUGGAAAUCGUCGUAAACGUGGAGGUUGUGUUUUUGUUCAAAUAAAAAUAAAGUAACCUCCUGUAUCAUUCUUGCAUUAAUGUUAACGUGAACAUCGUUAAUGAGGUUUUAUGUCUGGAAACGUUGUGAAAACUAUUACGAUAAAAAAAAUACAAAGCCACUGUAGACACAGCAUUAAACUAGCACUCGCUCUACCUGCUGCAUGUUAUUGAUCCAGUAUCGAGUAUUAUUAACACUCAUUCCUCUCAGACCCGCGGGGUGUGUUGGGUGCGUUGUAGUAAAUUCAAAAGGCCGUGCUCCUGAACUCUCCCUGUUGAAUUUCUGAAUGGUGCUGGAGAUAAAGGAGUCGUGCGAGAGGUUUCGAGAGAUUGGCCUCGUGCCGAUGGGGAAAGGCAAUAUCGUUGCUUUCAUGCAAUCCAUAUCACCACUGUAUCUUUUGUUCACAUGUGAAGAAAAAAGAAAUUAUUUUAUGAAAAUGUACAUGUUUUUCUAUCUAUGUUCAGUGGUACCACAUGAACUCUCAGGUUUUGGAUCGAGUCGUUUUGAGCAUUUCUCGGGCAAGAUGAACUUAAGGUUUGCAUUUCGUGAACUCUGUUCCUUUUUCUAAAUGUGGUUGAUAUAAUCUCAUGUAAAUAAAUGUUUUAUGAAAAACUGAAAA